AUGGACCUGAGCGCCGCCGCCGCGCUGUGUCUCUGGCUGCUGAGCGCCUGCCGUCCCCGCGACGGGCUGGAAGCUGCCGCGGUGCUCCGAGCGGCCGGGGCAGGACCAGCCUGGAGCCCCGGGGGCGGCGGCGGCGGGCGGACCCCCGUCCCGGCUCCGGGCCCUUCAGCUCUCCAGGCCGCCGCAGUUCCCGGGCCCCGCGCUGUGCGCCGCGCUGCGGGCUCUGGCUUCAGGAACGGCUCGGUGGUGCCACACCACUUCAUGAUGUCGCUUUACCGGAGCCUGGCUGGGAGGGCUCCGGCCACGGCAGCCUCGGGGCACGGCCGCGCGGACACGAUCAUUGGCUUCAUAGACCAAGCGACUCAAGAGGAAUCUGUGGCCCAGCCUGGCCAGAGCUUUCUAUUCGACGUGUCCGGCCUCCCUGAUGCCGACGAGCUGGUGAGUGCCGAGUUGCGUGUGCUGCGCAAGAGAUCUCCGGAGCCAGACCAGGACAGUGCGACCCUCCCCCCGCUGCUGCUGCUGUCCACCUGUCCCGACGCGACCCGCACACCUCACCUACUGCACUCGCGGGCUGCCGAGCCCCUAGAAGUGGCGCGCUGGGAAGCCUUCGACGUGACGGACGCGGUGCAGAGCCACCGUCGCGAGCCGCGCGCCUCCCGCAAGUUCUGCCUGGUGCUGCGCGCGGUGGCCGGCUCCGGGAGCAGCCCGUUGUCCCUGCGGCGACUGGGCUUCGGGUGGCCGGGCGGCGGCGAUGGUCCCGCUGCCGAGGAGCGCGCGCUGUUGGUGAUCUCCUCCCGUACACAGAGGAAAGAGAGUCUGUUCCGGGAGAUCCGUGCCCAGGCCCGCGCGCUGCGGGCCGCCGCAGAGCCACCACCCGAUCCGGGACCAGGCGCUGGGUCUCGGAAAGCAAUCCCGGGCGGACGCAGGCGAAGGCGGACCGCUCUGGCGGGGACGCGGGGAGCGCAGGGCAGCGGUGGAGGUGGCGGCAAGGGCCACGGGCGCAGAGGCCGGAGUCGCUGCAGCCGCAAGUCUCUGCACGUGGACUUUAAGGAGUUGGGCUGGGACGACUGGAUCAUCGCGCCAUUAGACUACGAGGCGUAUCACUGCGAGGGCGUCUGUGACUUUCCGCUGCGCUCGCACCUGGAGCCCACCAACCACGCCAUCAUUCAGACGCUGCUCAACUCCAUGGCACCCGACGCGGCGCCAGCCUCCUGCUGCGUGCCCGCACGCCUCAGCCCCAUCAGCAUCCUAUACAUCGAUGCCUCCAACAACGUGGUCUACAAGCAGUACGAGGACAUGGUGGUGGAGGCCUGCGGCUGCAGGUAGCAUUCCUUCUGGGGAGGGCCUUGCUGCCCAGGACCCCAGCUGAAGAGCAGCCUCAUCCUGGCCUGUCACCAGGCCGGGAGGGAUAGUGGAAUAUGGCCUCCGCCUGCACAGAGGAGAGCACACAGUUCACACUCACAUUUACACACUCCUUCACUCGCGCACACAUUUACAAUGGACAGCAGGCGCGGAAAGCCUUGUGCGGACACGAACGACUGGAUGUCACAGUCAUGCUUAUAUAACAUCGAUACAAACUGCUGUCUCUUUUAGAAGGGUGUCUGUGUUGAUGUUACGAUAAUUGGCACGAAGUCCAAGUAGAAACGGGUUAGCAUUGGAUUCUCCAUUUAGUUGGAGGCUGGG